UUACCUAGUGAUGAAAUGAUCAUGAAAGUGCUGCCAGCCUACCCUGGAUGGUUGCAUCAGCUUUCAUGAAAAAUGAGUUUGUUACAGAUUCAUUGGCCAUCUCAAAGUUAUGAGGUCCGUUUACCGUUUUGGCAAUAUAACUGUUGGAUGUACUUUUUCCCUUAACCAAGAAGAAACCACAGGCCUAUUGAUUGGUUCAGGUGAUAUGGGUGUACUUUGUAAUGUUGUCUACUAACUACAGUGUAUGAUGUCCAACGAGUGCAACUGGAAUGUUUACUACAACAUAAUGACAAAACAAAUUGUCUACAGUUUUUCCAUGAUCCACACAUGAUGUCAUGCUAGAAUGAGAAAUUAUUUAAUAUCUAUUAUUCAUAAUUUAAGGAUUCUGAUUGUCAUCUGUAGAGGAUGACAUCAUGAAAAAAAAAAACAAAAAAAAAAACAAGUGGCACUGGCCACCACACUUGUUUGGUGCAGAUGUCUUAUAUGCUGCAUUUAGACAAAAGCUCAACUUAAAUGUAUCCCUCAGUGGCAACACUAGACAGGUCUGGAACUGCAUCUGCCACCAGAUGGGCUACUAAUGAAGCCUCCCGUGGCUGGCCAGACCUGGACAAAAUGAACGUCUCCCCCGCGAUCCACCACCUUGUGGAAAACAUGUCAGAAGAGCAAUGGAAAGUUGUGCACACUGCACUGUGUGAACCUACAGCCAUGCCUGAACUUGGACAUCUGUGUUCAAACAUAGUCAAGGCAGUAACCCAGACAACCAGUCAGCACCUCCUUCCGGCUCUCAGCAAGAUGCUGGGCAUGCCUGUGUGGUCUCUGAUUCAGUCAGGAAUGGCUAAACCAAGUAAACCUUCUCACUGGUCCCAGAUUACUCAAUACCAGACAACUCUGUGUGAGUUAUUUGGAAUCACCGAGGAUUCCAUUUGCAAGAAUCUGCGUGAUUGCCGUCACCAGUGUGAGCGGGAUGUUGUUGGACUGGUGUUUUGGCACGUGAACUCGGUCGUUAACUUGGCUCUCAAACAGCACAUCCUAAAAGGAGGAAGGCCGUCUGAGCUCAGCAUAAAAGAAUCAACUGUCAAGGCCACAAAGGAUCUGGUGCGUGCUGUGUCUACCCAGGUCAAUAGUGCCUCUGCAGAGAGAUCCUCAUCAAUGACACAGGUUUCAUCACCUGAAAAAGACUCUCGCUUGAUAUUGGUAACAAGAACCAUCAUCAAUGCCAUCACGGACCACAUGAACAACUGCUUGGAUGGAGAUGAACUGAAGCAGGUGGGGGAGAUUAUCUCUGCUGUGGCAGAGAGGGUCAACAUGCUGGCAUCCCAGAAUGCACCUCUGGAGAGUCCUCUUUGCAGAGGCCUUACCAUUCUCGCUCAAGAUCAGUUGGUUGAUGGCGAGGAUUUUCUCAGCGGCUUACAAUCUCGAAACCUGAAAAAACUGUCCACCGAUAAAUUCCACACAAAAGCAACUAAGGCAGUAAGUGAUGUCCUCAUGAAAAACUUCAAUUGUCAUUGCACGCCAAAGUGCAAUCAUCUCUCGCCAUCUUCUCGCCCUGUAGACCAGGCUGCAUCAGCUGUACUUGAGACAUUUAUGGAGGAGAUUAAAAACCUUGCCCGGUACACACGCUGCAUAACUGAUGCAGAGAAUGGGAAUGAACCAACUCUGGACACCCUCGAUGCAACAUCUCGCAGUAGUGACAGAAGCAAGGCUAUAGCUGCAGCCCAUAUCAUGUUCUACAAAGUGCAGAUGAAACUCAUGGAGCUUUAUUCCCAGCCGUCACUGAAAAAGAGCUGUACUUCCCUUACUGGAACGGAGGACGCGUCAGUCAUUGAUCAGGUGUAUCAGCUUCAGGUUGACACCGCCACAAGGGACGUGGUGAAGGAGAUACUGAACACCUUGAACGGUGAGGAUUUGGAUAAUGAAAGGCCCAGCAACUUGGACUGCAGCUCUUCACAGGUGUCUAUGGAGGCGCGUGAGUUUGUUAACGGCAUCAUGACACAGCUUGAGAACUUCCCUGGUUCCACCUGUGAAGAAUCCACACAUUCACCUCCAUUGUCAGAGCAAGAUUUCUCUGGGAAGAGUUCACAGUUGAGCAGGAUCAGCAGCAAGUGCUCUGAGAUCUGUGUUCCGAACCUUCAGGCACUCACAUGCGAGAAGUUUUUCACUGAGGCCUCAAAAACUGUGAGUCAAACGCUGUUGAAGUCUAUCAGAAGCCAGAGUUCUUCAUCUUUCAGCAGUCAACAGCUGCAAUUUGAUGCAUCCGGUUUGUCCAAGGAAAGUUCGCCCAUCACACUUCAGAAUGUUGAUUUAGCAGCCUUCAAUAUCACUCAGGACUUUGUGUCUGAAAUUAAGCUCUGUGCUGCAUCAAUUGAGGCGCUUGCGCCAGAAUCACAGAUGAAUGGUGACCUUUUAGAAAGUGGAGGAACAUUUUCACAUACAGCCAAUGGACAACUUGAAGGAGAUACUCAGAAUUUUCAGAAAACAAUCAUGACCUCUGUUAAAGGUAUUUACGGCAGGAUACAUGACAAAGUCAAACAGUUCUACUCUCAAUAUAAAUCCGAUCAGAAAGAAACAGCAUCAGUUCAACAAGACCAUCCUUCAGAACAAGAGGAAUAUGCGGAGGCAUUGACAUCUUCUGAUUAUGAAAGGGUUGACAACAGUACGAAAGAAAUUAUCAGACAGCUCUCCUCUUUGGUUAAAACAGCAAUAUCAUCUGAAGGAAACUUAACUGACCCUGCUUGUGUAAAGUCUUCAUAUGCUUCUCUCAAAUCCUGUACAUUUGUGGAUGAUGUGAUAUCUGAACUCAAGAACAUGUCUGCUUGUGCAGAUGUCGCAUCCCUGGACAUGUUAACAGUCGGUCUCAAUGACACUGUUUCUGUAAUUGAGAAACUCUCCAACACAGAAUUCCAGGCAAAAGCAUCUCGCCAAGUGAGCGAAGUCUUGCUAAUGUCUGUGAUAAACCAGUCAUCGCUUGCGGAUUCAGAGCUAUGUGGUAAUGCAACAGGUGACUCAGAUUGCAUCGAUGUCCACAGUUUCCUCCCGUCGGUUUCUCAAUCGCAGUCCAUUGCAUAUGAUUUAGUUGGAGAGGUCAUUGAGGAGACCAUUGAUAGUCUCAUCAGCUCAGGAUUCUACUCUCUCGCCCAGUCAACAGCCAGUGACAUAGUCGAGAAUGUUACAGGGGCCAUGAAGGAUCUUCUGGAGAUCAAAUUGGCUGCCAAAACUUUGCAGCACACCAAGGGGGACGAUGCAGGAGUCUCACAAGCUAUCGGUGCCCGUCUCAUGGUCAACAGGAUAGGCCUGACAGCUAACCACAUUUUCACAAACAUCAAGAAAAGGGCAGCAGCAUGUCUGCAUAAAUACCGGACGUUUGUCCACAAAGACAAGAGAGAGGCAUCCACCAGGGAAGCUAUCAGUCAGGUGCUUGCGUCCAUCCAAGAUGAGCUUCCCGACACUAAGGAGGCAGAAAACUCAGGGCAAAUCAGUCUAGUUCAUCACCUUCUCUCCACCAUGAUUGAUGAAAUUAAGAGUACGGGCACGGAAAUGGGUAACAGACAAAUCUCUGGACAACCUCGUCUUCUUUCAGGCAGAGGAGUAAGACCUCGAAGGUUCCUCUCUGAAACAACAGUGACAGAAUACACCCAUGACCUUUCCCAUCAAAUCUAUCAGAUUCUCAGAAAUAGUUACGACCCCUCAGUCUUGUUCAUGCCUGCUGGAAAGAGUGCUUCAGACUCCUUCCUCUCUGUGGUAUCAUGCAGAGAGGAAGAAAAGCAUGAGACCCCCUUCGACCUCAUAUACAGUUGUGUGGAAGAGUCAGUGAAGCGUCUCAUACUUUCAUGCUUCUUCCCUUUAACAUCGAGGGAGAAUCAGGACAGGAUUUUGCGACUUGCUUUUGACUCCAGCGGCAGUUCGUGUGACUCCCCCCCACCGCAAUUGACACAGCACAACUCAGAGGCCUCUAAGUCAUCAUCAUCCAAGCUGUUCAGAAGGACCCUCAAUGUUCUCACCCAAGUACUGGCCAAAGAAGUCAUUGACAGGCUGUCUGUAGAUGUCAGUACAACUUCCCCUGUUGAAAGUGAGGACAAAAAUACCUUCAGUCAGUUGUCUGCAAGAGAAUAUCAGCAACCACCACAGGUGGAGCAGAUGGAUGAAUCGAGACCAGCGAUUUCUGGUUCAUCCUCCAGAACCUCUCUGUCCAUCUCGGACAUGGCAGUUGUUGAAACUGUGUAUGCCAUAGAGGAAGAUAAAGUGAUGUGUUCUAGUGAGGCUUCUUGCUCUGUCGCUCAUCCGCCUGCUGUUAUGGACAUCUUGUCUCCUUGUGCCUCUGAAACUCACGGUGAACAAGUGCAAAUGAAGCAUGAAAAAGUGCCAGUAGUGAAGCAUGUUGGAUUUGCCAUCUCACCACUUUCGUCUGAGUUGCCUGAGACAGAAGAGGCCAGCGACAAUGAUUACGCCUGCUUCAUCUCCAUGCUAGUCAUACGACUUCUGAGUAAAACAAUUAGUGCAGACCAUGGUAAACCGGCUGGGCAGGAGGAUCUCCAUGACGAUGUGCAUGAUAUGUCCCGUGAGCUUAUUGAUAGCAUCCUACCUGAGCUCUUCUUGGCCUCUGGAAUCGUCAAACGCAAGAGCUACCCUGAGGACAUGAAGAUUUUCCGGAUUUACCAGAACUUGUACCAGAACCUCGUCCAGGAGUAUGGGUCUUCCCAAGGACUCAAGUCGGCUGUAGAGGCUGAUGGGUCAUCAUUUGACACGUCACUGAUCAAAUUGUUGACAAAGGAGAUCCAUGCACCUCCUUCCACUAGACUUGGUCCUGAGGUAAAUAGUGAGAAUGGAACCAAGGCCAGAAGAUUCCAACUGAGUUCAAGAUUCCAGACCCCAUUGAAGUUCCCAAAAAUUCCAAUCAACAUGGAGCAAUUACGGGCAUUACACCUACCUACUAUAAAGAAGAAGCAGGACAGUGAUGUGGUUGCAACUGAUUCAAACACGGCCUCUGCCACUGGCACUUUUACCAGAAAACUCCAGGGGAUGCGGGACAGCUUUAAACCAUUGGGAAGUUUUUCCUUUAGAAUGCCUAAUAUUCCAAGGCCUACUUUAAAGAUACCAAAGAAGUACAAUGAGAUUGCCCCGUGUUUGAAUAUGGACAGAUCUGAAGAUGUCAUUGAAGCUGAUGAAAACAUGGCCUCCAGCCAGACUCUGAUGAACUUGGUGGUGUCUUCAGUGAAUGAGACCGUAUCUGAGCAGACUCCACUGCCUGACUGAAAAUUCUCAGAAUUGGUUCUUUUCCCACAAGCUUUCCAGCAAGUCCUUUGACAGCUAAAUAACAUUUCGUUAACUUGACAUAAUGCAAUCAAUCAUUUUACCUAACCCAUCAUUAAACUCUCUAAUGAAUUAA